ACGCCGGGAGCUGUAGUGCGGGCGGUGCCGGAGCCCGUGGCCGCCAUGGGCCCCGCAGCGGCGGCGGCACCGGCGCUGGCCCUGGCGCUGCUGCUGGCGGCCGCCGCCCGCCCCGCCGCCGCCUGGGACCUGUGGGCGCUGCGCUGCGGCUUCUCGGCGGACUGCGAGUGUGGCUUCGGGCCCGACCUGCGCGGUCUGGAGUGUGACUUGGCCAGGAACCUGGUGGGGCAGCCCCUGGUGAGGCAGCAGGUGAUGAAGGGACUGAAGGAGUUCCUGGAGAAGCAGAACCCGGUGAAACCCCUCGUGAUGUCCUUCCACGGCUCGACAGGAACAGGCAAAACCUACGUGAGCUCCAUGCUCGUCCGCUACCUCUUCCAGGGUGGGCUCCAGAGCCCGUACGUUCACCAGUUCUCUCCGCUAGUGCACUUCCCCCACGCAGAGCACAUAGAGCAGUACAAGGAAAACCUGAAGCGCUGGAUCCAAGGGAACUUGACAAACUGUGGACGGUCAGCCUUUCUCUUUGACGAGAUGGACAAAAUGCACCCAGGCCUGAUUGAUGUGAUAAUACCAUUCCUGGGACCCUCGUGGGUUGUGUACGGGAACAACUACCGCAAAGCCAUCUUCGUCUUCAUAAGCAACGCGGGAGGGGAGCAGAUCAACGAAAUGACGCUGGAUCUCUGGCGUGCCCACAAGGACCGGGAGGAGAUCAGCCUGCAGGACCUGGAGUUGGCCAUCUCCAAAGCUGUGUUUGAAAACCCUCAGAGUGGAUUCUGGAAAUCUGGGAUCAUUAACGAACAUCUCAUUGAUUUCAUUGUGCCCUUCCUCCCACUGAAGCACCACCACGUGAAGCAGUGUGUCAUCAGCGAACUUGGCCAGCAAGGCCUCGAAGUACGUUCGGAUGUUGUCCAGGAGGUGGCUGACAGCAUCCCCUACUUCCCAGAAGAAGAGAAGAUAUUCUCCUCAACAGGCUGCAAAACAGUGGCCUCUCGGAUCAGUUUUUUCUUCUAGCCACUGACAAGGGCCUCGCUCAGAUCUAUAGGGGACGUAUACAGAGCUGUAAAGCAGCUGAGCCCAGGACUGGCGGGAUGAGCGGUGGGAGCUGUGUGUUCCCUCUCAGCAGGACGUCGUUCUCCUGCCAGACUCAUCUCUCCAACCCCAAAGAAGCCGCUGCAGGAUGCAGCUGCGGGACCAAGUGCAAGUGACGUGAUUUAAAGCACUUUAUUAAUGACCCUUUGGCCAAGUGACGGUGAAUCCAACCAGCCCCAUGCAUCACCCGGGACAUCUGUGACAACGGGGGGAAGGUUUCUCACCCUGUCAGCAGCACCCACCUGCUGCUCUCCCCUCUCCUGGCAGCUAUUCGUACCCAACACACCGAGAUUCUGAGCCUACAGAUUGUUUUUUAUUUUUUCCUACAGCAUUUUAACAGUUAUUUAAAACUUUUUAAAGUGUGGCUGUGCCCCUUGGUAAAACACGACAGUGCUGGUGCCGACUGCUGCAGUGCUGGCCUGUGAACCCUGAACAUUGUAAAGUUUCUUUUCAAGCAAGUUUUUGAGCCAACUUCUUCCCAGCGUCCUCUCACUGUGAACGGGUGCUGGUAGGGACCAGCUUCACCAUUAACAAGCGCAGGGGGGUAACACCCGAUCUGCCAAGAGCCCAGCUCUUCGUACUGCCCCCCGUCCAUCUUUCCCCCAAGGUCCAAAGGAUUUCCCUGCAGCAAACCAGGAAAAUAACAGAGUUCUCCCUUGUUUUCCCAGCUAUGAAAAAUUUCCAUCCUACCUCCAGGGGAGACUGUGGUGCCACUAAUGGUUUUGCAAAUUCUGUUUAUUCAGUGAUGAUUUCUACAGCAGGCUGUGAGUUUGUGCUGAGCUGUUGAGCCUCUUCUGCAUCCUUCUGCUGGUCAGACCUUGCAGGUUUUAGCUGAUCCAGUGUCCACUCUGUUUCUGAGAGUGUCACAACAGGGGACCUGGGGACAGCUUUGCUCGGGCCCCGUGCUGAAAGGAGCUGCCAGCACCAGGGACCAUUCCAGUCCAGGGACAGAGUUUGGGGACAGUGGUUUUAGACACCACCCAAACACUGCCCAGGAGCUGGCCCAAACAGACUCAAACAUCUCACCUCUUCCAAAAAUGUUAUAAAUAUCUAAUUUUAAAAUAAAUCUUUUAUGAAAUAAACGGUUAGAAAACA